AUGUUAUAUUUAGUAGCAACAGGUGAUUAUCAUGGAUCGACAGAGAAUCAUUUAUCAUUUGUAAAAGGUCAAAGAAUUGAAUUUUUAGAAAGAACUGAAAAUGGUUUCAUUAAAGGUAAACUUGAUGGUAAAGUUGGUAUUUUCCCAUCAUCUUUAAUUACAAUCGAAACAAGACCAUUAUCUAUCAUUCAAAACCAAUCACUUAAAUUACAAGAAGAACCAACCAGUACAACAGAAUCAUCUUCAAUUAAGAAUGAAACAAAUACAACCAACACUAGUGUAAUGAAUGGAAAUUCUACAUCACCAACUUUACAAUCGAAUAAUUCAACACCAAUUUCAACAUCAUCAGAAUUUAAAUCAUCAACAUCAUUACACUCAGAUAAUGCAAGUGAAUCAUCAAUAAACUCAACUAGUAAAACAAGUGUUGUUGGUGAUUUUGAUGAUAAUGCAUCCAAUCAUAGCAAGAGUAGCAGAUUAUCAGUUGCAUCGUUUGCAACAGCCACUACAACCACCACCACAACCACUUUAGCAUCGUCAGCAUCGUUAAUGGGCAAAGAUAAAAAAGAUAAAAAAGAUAGAAAGGAUAAAAAGAAAGAUAAGGAUAAGGAUGUAUCUGAAAAAGAAGGUUUAUAUCGUAAAUCCAAGAGUGGUUCAUCCUCAACAAAAAAAAGAUAUGCAAAUAGAAAAGCAUGCGAUCCAUGGGUUGUAGCAAAGUAUGCUGAUAUUCCAGAGGAAGUACGUGUUGAUAUGGCCAAGGAAGAUAUCCCUGUUCAAGAUAUAGAAAAACAUUUUAGAUUAUUCCUUCGUAUUGUUAAAUUUAUUACACGUCAAAAGAUCACAUUAUUGGUUCCAGUCGAUCUCAGUGUUCCAACAAAAGAAAUGUCAUUAUUAGAUAUCAGUGAUGCAGAAAGUAUUGCAAACAAACAACCAAUGUAUACUAAAGAAGAAAUUAGAACAUCAGCUUUCGACAACGUUGAUGCAUUCGUCGAUGCUCCAAUUAUGGAUGAAACAGAAAAAUUAGCCAAAACUACCGAAAUUAAAUUAGAAAGAAAGCGUAUUCUCACUGGUAUUUCUACAGAGUUUCUUGGUCAAGCAUCAACCACCAUUAAAGUUAUCCCAAGUAAUGAUAUUAAAAAAAGAGUUAAGUUUACAAAUCAAGUUGCUCGUGGUCAAUAUGGUAAGGUUUAUGAUGGAUUCUACGACAAGAAAAGAGUAUGUGUCAAAGUUGUUAACUACUCUACACCAAAAGAACAACACAAUGUAUUACAAGAAAUUGGUUUCCUCAAUAGUUGCAACCAUCCAAAUAUUUUAAAAUAUUACAAUUCGGUUCUCUACGGUAGUGAUCUUUUUAUUAUUACAGAGUUCCUUCAAGGUGGUACAUUGGAACAAGCUGCAGCUUCAUCUCAUAUCUUCAAGGAAACUCAAGUUGGUUAUAUUGGUUUAGAGCUUUUAAAAGCAUUGGAAUACCUUCACGCAAGAAAGUUAAUUCACAGAGACGUUAAAGCAGCAAAUGUUAUGGUCACCCCAGAUGGCUAUGUCAAAUUAAUCGAUUUUGGUCUUUGUGCAUCCGUUGAAAAAGGUGGCUCACAACAUAUGGUCGGUUCACCAUACUAUAUGUCACCAGAAAUGAUUCGUGGCGAAGAAUGUAGUUAUCCUACCGAUGUUUGGAGUUUUGGUAUUUGUAUGUUAGAAUUGUUAUUUAAGAAACCACCACACCGUGACAGCAGAAUGAAGGCAAUGUUUUAUAAUGCAAUCAAUGGUAUCGAUUUCCCAAAGAUUCGUUGUUCAAUCGAUUUAAAGGAUAUGUUAUGGCAAUGUUUUGAAUCAAACCCUGAAAAACGUUCAUCUGUAGAUAAAUUAAUGAGACAUCCAUUCUUUAAGAGAGUAGAAUCAAGAUCCCAUAUGAAACCAGUUUUCGAUGGUAUUUUCGCAACAAAUUCAAAAUCAUCUGGUUCAAUUGCUCAAACUGGUUUCUUCUAA